CGAAGGCGGUUGGGAUAGUACAAGCGCGUCUUGUUGGUGUGCAUUCACCCUUUCCCACCACGUUGCUACUCCCAGCAUCCUGGGGAUAUGCCCAGAGAACAGAGACCUACCCGCUCUCUCCUCCGAGCCUACAGCUAGCAGAACAAACCCUUGGCGGGCAGCCCGGAGAAGCACUCGCAGCAACCUCCCACUCGGCAGCGCUUUUUUUUUUUUUUUUAAACAAUACAGGAUCUUCCUCCUUCGGAUCCUUUAACUUAUAAUUGAGAGCACCCCUUCAGAAAACCCCUCUGCAGAGCCUCCAGCGAGCCCAGGACAGCAUGUCUGGGAGCAAAUACGUAGACUCAGAGGGCUUUUUGUACACAGCGCCCAUCAGAGAGCAAGGCAACAUCUACAAGCCCAACAACAAGGCUAUGGCAGAUGACAUGAACGAGAAGGAGAUCCACGACGUGCACACGAAGGAAAUCGACCUGGUCAAUCGAGACCCCAAGCAUCUCAACGACGAUGUGGUCAAGAUUGACUUUGAAGAUGUGAUCGCGGAACCCGAGGGAACUCACAGUUUCGACGGGGUCUGGAAAGCCAGCUUCACUACCUUCACUGUGACAAAAUACUGGUUUUAUCGCUUACUGUCUUCGCUCUUUGGCAUUCCCAUGGCUCUCAUCUGGGGCAUUUACUUUGCCAUUUUGUCAUUCCUCCACAUCUGGGCAGUGGUGCCCUGCAUCAGGAGCUAUCUGAUUGAGAUCCAGUGUAUUGGCCGAGUUUAUUCCAUCUGCAUCCACGCCUUUUGUGACCCGCUCUAUGAGGCUUUUGGCAAAAUGUUCAGUUCUAUCAGAGCAACAGUACGGAAGGAAGCAUAAAUGACAUUUCAAGGAGUCUGAAGAAAAGAUCUUUUCCUCCCAUGCCUUUUGUGCUAGUUUCAUGGCUGUCAUCAGUGAACAAAGUGACUAGCACCAAACAACUGAAAAUGAAGCAACCAAAAUUAAGCAAAGAAUCACUUGUUCAAAAUUCCUUUACUACUUAACCAUCCCUCCUGGAUUGAUAUUUUUGCAGGAGAGAGAUCAAUCACUUUUUUUUAGAAGCCCUACUAAAAUUGCUGUUCUUUCAUUCCUCUCUGCCAGUCAUUUUGCUGACCCUUUGACAAACUAACUCAUGUUCUGCUUACCCCUUCCAUUCAUUUGUUGCAAGAUAAAUUCACAACGAUAUGAUAAAGAGCCGCAAGCAUGCUUUCUAGCGCUGUAACAUUGCUCAUCAUUUUACAGUGAGCAAAAAAA